GUUCGCUCGUGUCUACGGCUACACCUAGCUUCAGCCCGUACAGCCUUCCGUGAGUGUCCACUUCAGUCACCGGCCUAUGCCGCCCGCCGCCCGUCAAGCACCAGCUCGGUGCCAAUAGAAAGUUGAAGCGGACAGUUCGAUACAACCAUCAAGACUACUACUAUUGUGAUUACACAACAGAAUGAGGACGACAGUGUAUCUAGCUGUGAUAUGCGCGGCGUUGGCUGCGGCUGUGGCGGCGCCUGCGCCCAAUCCGGAGCCGGUUCCUGAAGCCAAACCUCAACCAAACCCUGAUCCCGCUGCCUCCGCAGACGAUAGACCCGAGAUUAUUGAAAUCAUCGCACCCGCUGCAAGUGCACAGGAGACCUUGGCAACGCUAAACCUCGGCGCCCCCGGCUCCGAGCUCAGCGAACGAAACAAGCGCACUAUCGGAAUUCUCCGGCAGUUGUUCCCAACAUUGACACAGAAUGCCAUUGCUGACGAGAACCAACUGCUGUCUGGUGCGGAGUCCCAACAAGCGGAAGUACGAGUAGCAUUCGGUGAUGGUCAAGGAGACCAACAACCCGCAGCGAGCGAAGAUCAGCAAACCGCUGCGCAGACCAACUCCGCAAGCAUCGAUGAGAUCACUCUCGAUGACGCUGAUAACAGCGAGGAGAACAGAAAUAAGAGAUUCCUACCCUUUGGAGCUCAAGGUAGUGCGAGUGUUUCCGGAGGCGGCUCGGGCAAUUUCCUAUUCGACAUAGUCAGACUGGUGGCAGGAUCAUCAUCGGGUGCGUCUUCAGGAGACGCCGGUGCUACAGUCGAUGGCGGCGAUGAUAACGGCGGCGCCAAGGGCGAUAACCUCACCGAGGGCGUUCCCGGUCCUAUCACCAGGUUGUUCAUCAUCGCCAACCGCGGCAUUGCCAACCUCAUUCAAGACCUCAUCCUCCGCAUCGCGCAAACUUCCGAGAGAAUAGUAAACUUCAAGGCGCGACUCAUCACCUCCAUCAUUUAAUGCGUUCAUCUUUAGAACAAUAUAAAGUAACUUGAGGUAACAGUGGGGUUCAAAAUACUCCUCCUAAGUACCUACUUUACGCGAAUAAUUUAUUAUGUAGGUAAUUCUAAAACAAUAAUACUAUUUUAUGUUGGUACAUACACUUAUAGUAAAGCAUAUGCUGUGAUUUAAUAUUUGCCUAUUCAUUUCAUUCGUAACAUGUACUAGAUACCGGCGCUAGAUAACGACAAACCAAGUAACCGUUCUCCGUACUAAUUUAUUUCGUAACUCAACAACGCACCUGAAAUUGAUUCAACGACAAGAUCGAGAGCAUCUAUGGAUUGAUAACAGAAGUGACAAUUCCUCCACUGCUACUUCAAGCAUCUUAACAAUAUCCUAGGGUAGGUAAUAGGGUAGAAUAGUGUCGAGGCGCGGGUGCGCGUGCGACGUCGGGGCCGCGCGGCCGCGGGCCGCCCGGCGCCGUCGCCGAUCUGCUCAAAGCUUUUUUUUACUAUGUGACAAUCUCGAAAUCGUUUUUAUGUUUG